AUGACUCGAAAUAACCUCUCAGGCCACCUCUCCUGGUUGUUGAAGAACGUUGCGUUAUCAAAACCGACCGCCCGCGAAUUUCCCACAACAAGCGAUACCUCGUCGUUUCGGUUUUCGCAGUCGCAAGCUGCCGAUACGCCUGCAGCAAAUUUAAGUCAAGCAACCACUGCAUCGACCAGCGCAGACAAACGAAUAUCCCAGGUACAGGCGUCUGGGAGCUCAAAUGGCCUGCCGAAGAGAGAAGAAGCUUCACAGGAUAAAGAAGUGGUGGUUUUAGAGGACGACAGUAUGGGCCGCUUGAGCUUGUCUACGAAACCGAAGAAAACAUCGCUUCUGUCCCAAAACGGCCAGCUCGCAACACCUUUAACCACCGAUCCUGAGACCAAAUCACGCUUGAAUGAGCCUCUGAAGUCUAGUGCAGCAACAAAAAGCACAGUUCUAAAACAAGAUGGCACAUCAGAAACGAAAUCAGGUUCACUUCGCCGCAUCUCGUCGCCGGAAUUCAAUACUGAUUUCGCCGACUUCGAUGAUGAUGACUUGGAGUACAUGGAUCUAACAAGAACAACCGGUGCAUCUGACGAGGAGUCACUACAAUUCGGCGACGAUGUGAAGGUCUGGACGGAAAAAGAUGCAUCCUGGGAAGCGCCGCUGCCUCAAGCCAAAAAGAGGAAGAGUGCUGAUACUGGCGACGCUUCUGCUGAAAGCCAAUUUCCAGAUGUAUAUCAGCUCCUGGGAGCUGAUCCUCCAGUCCCGACUCCUGGUCGUCGAUCCACGAAAAAAGCUGCGAAGAAUGAAUUAUCUAAGAUGUCUUUGGAUGGGCCUUCCUCUCCCUUAGAUGGAGCUACUACUCAAAAGGCUAUUAGACGGACUCCAGAAAUAGACUACGCUAUCAGUAGUUCUGAACGACGAAAGAAGUUAAAGGUUGCGAAUGAGCGGCCUUUGUCUCUAGACUCUCCAAAUCUCGACGAUGCUGUUCAACCUGAGCCACGACAAGCUAAUGAAUACUUCAUCCCUGAUUCCGACGACGAAUUUAUUACACCGCCGCCGUAUACAACUACUUCUAAGAAAAAGUCCGCGAAGUCUUUUGGAGAUGUACAAGAGGAGGACGCUUUUCUCAUGGACGUUGAAGAUUUAGCUGUAUCCCCCAGACCAAAACAACCACGUUCAUCUCUACCUCCUCGGCCGGUGCAGACUGAGAACUCGCCUGCUUUACCCCACCAAAGCAUAUCUGAAAGCCAGAGCACUGGUACCAUCAAUAAUUCUGACGAAACACACCCACCUCAGCAUAGACUUCCGUCAUCUAGUCAAACACAGAAAAUCUUGUCUCGCAUUUUAGCAAAUCCACAGCUUCUUACCCAACAAAGUGAAUCCCUAGACAACCAAAUUCAGCAAAAUGAUCGAGACUUUUUACAAGCUAUAAACAACCGGCUACCGAAAGACAAGAGAAACGAAAUCAAAGCAGAAAAAGAACGACUCAUUCAACAGCAAAAAGCAAUACAAGGCCUCAAUAAAGCUGUGAAUAGCUAUAGAGCCUUGAACGAACAGAGAGAAGCAGUUGCUCUGCAGGUAGCCCAGUCUUAUUCAAAGGGCGUGGAUACAGAUGAAGAUGAAGCCCGACUUGAUGAACUUACUGAGCGUGUCGAGUCAACAGAACGAGAGCUUUCCCAAAUACUGGCUGAGGCAGGCCUUGACGAGGACAGUUUCGUGGGAAAACCCAAAGAACCUAUUCGGCAUGAGAGAGACGAGCAUAUCGUUGUACUUGGUACGCAAGCUGGGCAUAGAGGCAUGGUCAAUAUGUCGCGGAGCUCAAAAGAUAUCCCACUAUCCAUGGGAGGAACUCAAGUUGUUCACCAAACACAGCUACCCGAACCAAUUCGAUCACAACUAGGUAAUGAGCCACCGCACAACUUUUCUCUUCCUGAUCGUGCCUCUAGGUCUGUUUCAAGGGCCGCACCGCAUUCCAACAUAGAUCAUCUCAUGGACGUAGAAGACGAUUUCUUCUCUGACUUCGACGAGGUUGAGAUGCACCUGCCUCCGAAAUCUGCCAAGAAGACCACUCAGCUCGACAAGGGUAAAACUCCUCUGAGAAAUCGCACUCAGCGCUCAGGAAAUGAAUUUAGCGAUUUCAGCGACGAUGCUGAUAUGCUUGCAUUUGCUCAAGACUACGAGAUACGCCAGUCUGCUGACGGGCCGCCCCACGAUUCUCGAGUGUUUUCAGAGACCUCGGGAAAUGCCUUACCUGUGCCAAAACAGAGGCAACUGUCUUCAAAAGGGCCGCCACCUCCAGAACCGUCUCAAACAAGGAUACCGCCAGAACUUAUGAGGCAUUCUUGGUCGGCAGACGUCCAAAAGAUCUUGAAAGAUCGAUUCAGGAUGAAGGGAUUCCGGCAUAAUCAAUUAGAAGCCAUCAAUGCCACACUUGCUGGCGAAGAUGCAUUCGUUCUGAUGCCAACAGGCGGUGGGAAAUCUCUGUGCUACCAGCUUCCAGCCGUUGUCAAGUCAGGGAGAACGAGAGGAGUGACCAUUGUCAUUUCUCCUUUACUGAGUCUGAUGCAAGAUCAAGUGGAUCAUAUGAAAGCCUUGGGGAUACAGGCCGUUGCGUUCAAUAGCGAAUGCUCUCCCGAGUACAAACGACAGGUCAUGUCUGCUUUCAAUGAGCGGAACCCAGAGCAUUUCAUUGAGCUCCUCUACAUCACACCAGAAAUGGCCAGCAACAGCGUCCAGUUUCUUAACGCCAUGAUGAAUCUAUAUCAAAAGAAAAAAUUCGCCCGUUUCGUCAUUGACGAAGCCCACUGUGUCAGCCAGUGGGGGCAUGACUUCAGACCUGAUUACAAGAAUUUGGGCCAGCUUCGGGCCAAGUUUCCCAACGUUCCUGUCAUGGCCUUGACAGCGACUGCAACCCAAAAUGUUAUUGUCGACAUUAAGCAUAAUCUUGGCAUGAUCAACUGCCAAGUGUUUUCGCAAAGCUUCAACCGUCCAAAUUUAUACUAUGAAGUAAGGCCAAAAGGUUCAAAUCCGGUGGCGACCCAGCAAAUUGCCUCUCUGAUCAAUUCCAAAUACCGCAAUGUCACUGGAAUUGUGUACACAAUCUCACGAAAACAAGCUGAAGACGUCGCCGAGAAGCUUUCAAACAGUGGUAUUGCAGCCCGUCAUUACCAUGCUCAAAUAACGCCUGCGGAAAAAGUUGAGGUGCAGCAAGCAUGGCAAAAGGGCCAAGUCAAAGUUGUAGUAGCAACCAUUGCGUUUGGCAUGGGUAUCGAUAAACCAGACGUCAGAUUUGUUAUGCACCAUGGCAUUCCGAAGAGCUUAGAAGGCUAUUACCAAGAAACUGGCCGCGCGGGUCGAGAUGGGAAACCCUCUGACUGUAUCUUGUUUUAUGGAAAAGGGGACAUAAGAGUCCUCAAAAAACUGAUCAUAGAUGGAGAGGGCAGCAAAGACCAGAAGGAAAGACAGAUGGUAAUGUUGAACCGUGUAACGGCGUUUUGUGACAACAAGGCCGACUGCCGACGAACAGAGGUGCUCCGCUAUUUUGGGGAAGAUUUCAACGCGUCGCAAUGCCACAAGACUUGCGACAAUUGUCAGGCCGGGCUGGUUUUUGAGCAGCAGGACUUCUCAGAAUACGCCAUUGCCGCUAUACGAAUCGUUCAGAACCAGUCGAGGCUCACAGCGAACCAGUGCGCGGAUAUUCUGAUUGGUAGGAAAUAUCCAGAAUAUCAAGAACAGAAUUCAGACGAGUACCACGGCAUAGCCAAGGGAAUGAAGAAGCAUGAGAUGGUGCGCGUUAUUGACCGCCUCUCAGCUGAAAAGGGCUUUCAUGAAGACAAUAUUGUUGGAAAUCAUGGUGUCGCUAUUCAGUAUCUUCUAAUCGGACCUACCGCCAAUCAAUUUUUGAUGGGAAGACGGAAGUUGAUGUUAACAGUCCAGGUUUCGGACGAAGGUGCCUCAAAUCAGGCGAAGACAAAGAAAACCAAGGCUAGCAAAAAGCAAAAAGAGCCAGCAGCUAAUGUGCAGUCAACAUACGUCUCGUCACCAAUCAAUAGACGUAGAAAAAGAGCGGCAGUCGUCGAUAGCGAUGACGAGUCGAACUUGCCUAUGACCUCACGUGGCUAUGUGAACGAUGGAUUCGUUGUCUCGGAUGAGGAGGUUGAGGAGGAUGAAGAGGAUGAAGAAGCCUUCGAACCGCUCCCACAGCAUCGGCCUGCCAAACCGACUUCGAAACCUACCUCUAAAAAGCCAUCACGACCGGAACCUAUCCCGAGUAAACAUACACUGCAAGAUCUGCCAGAUAUCCACCAAGACGUGGUGGACGCUUUUGUUCAGGAGGCACGUCAGUUAGAAGAGCGCAUCCGAAAUAAACUAGGCCUCAGACGGCCAAUGUUUACAGACACUCAUCUACAAGAAAUGGCUAUCAACUGGACCACUUCGAUCGAGAGGAUGAGCCGCAUUCCCGGGAUUGAUGUCGACAGAGUCAAAGAAGUCGGCCCAAAGCUGAUCCCGUUGCUGAACAUGUAUCAUGCAUCAUAUCGUGAGAUUGCUGCGGCAGACGCUGGCACUGGCGCCUCGACCUCCAACUUGAAUCAAGAAAUAGUAGACUUGAUCAGUUCUGAUAUCGAUCUUGACGAAGAUGAAGAGGGGGAAGGGGAAGACUCCCAUUACUUCUCUUCGAAGCCGGCAGCAGAUGUCCAAGCCUUUCAUGAUAGGCUCCAAACAUUGAACAGCCAGCCAACUCAGUCCAGAGGCAAAUCUUCCUAUAGCCGAGGAGGAGGCAGAAAAUUCUCUGGCAAAAAGUGGCCCAAGAGAGGCGGCGCAGCUGGCGGCUCCCAACGCCGGGGUAGUGGUUCCAGCAGGAGAGGCGGUGGUUCCGCAGGUGGUGGCGGCGCGUCUUCGUCACGGUCUGCUUCAGGAGGCAGCGGUUUCAAGCGAGAUGGCAAGAUAGUCAAGAAAAGUGGUGGCGGUAUCGGCCUAAUGCCAUUAUGA